GACUAAAAAACGAUCUGCGACGAUGAUCCAUCGUCGCAGAAAGUCCUGAACAUUCUGCGACGACAAGCUAUCGUCGCUGAAUGUCCUGAACAUUUUGCGACGAAAGACAAUCGUCGAAGAAAGUCCUGCACAUUCUGCGAUGAAAAAAAUCGUCGCAAGAAGUCUCCAUAAAUUCAGCAACGACAAACAAACGUCGCAGAAAGUCGCCAUACAUUCUGCGACGAAGGAAAAUCGUCGCAAAAAACUCCAUACAUUCUGCGACGACAGACAACCGUCGCAAAUAGAUUUCACACAAUUUGCGACGAAAACAUGGAAUUCGUUGCAAAUUGUCCACUUUCUGCGACGAAUUUCCUAUCGUCGCAGUAGAAUUCGUCGCAGAAAGUGCAGUUUCUUGUGUGCACCUACGCAGGCUCACCUGGAUGCCGCUCAACGCAUCCUUCGUUACUGGAAGGAGUCCCCUGGACGUGGUCUUUUCCUUCACGCGGACAGCUCAAUGGAACUAGUAGCACACUAUGACGCCGACUGGGCAGGUUGUCUCUUGACACGUCGUUUUACCACAUGGUAUUUCAUUCAGCUGGGCGGUUCUCCGAUCUCAUGGCGCCGAACAAACAGUCUGUUGUGGCACGGUCUUUAGCAAAAGCCGAGUAUCGAGCGAUGGCUAGCACUAUCAGUGAGUUACUCCGGCUUCGUUGGCUUUUGUCAGAUUUGGGUGUUACUCAAACUCAACCUACUCGUCUAUAUUGUGAUAAUCAAGCAGCACUUCACAUAGCCGCUAAUUCAGUAUUUCAUGAACGCACUAAGCAUGUAGAGAUGGACUGCUACUUCAUUCAUGAAUGGGUUCUUUCCCGUGACAUUUCACCUCUCAAGAUCGCAUUCGCAGAGAAGCCAGCAGAUCUCUUAACCAAAGGUCUCAGUGUCGAUCAAUUCAAUUACCACUUGUCCAAGCUCGGCAUGAUUGAUAUCCAUGCUCUCGCUUGAGGGGGAGUGUAGAAUGUCACUUUGUCAAUGUAAUAGGACCAUAAGGUAAUUGUGGAGUGGUCCGUGUCCUAGUAGGAGUUGUCAAUCUCCCAUGUCCUUUCCUUUACUUGGCUGACAAGGAAAGGUCUCGGCUGCUGUCUUCCUUUUGUAUAAAUAGCAAGCUAGACUUGCUAAGUCACUUGUCAACCAUCAAUAAUAAGUCAUAGUCGAGAGCUCUUUCGAGCUCCCCGUAGAUUAGUCCUGUUAAUAUCGAACAGGGAUACCACCGUAAAAUUCUCGGCGUUGUGUGAUUGUUUUCUAUUCCGUGUUGUCGUCUUUAACAGUCACUGCCCAUUAAAUUUUACCUACGUGGCAGUCGAGGUUAUCAAACCGAUUUAUAGCGUUAUCCCAGUUUGACAAGUGUAUUGUUUGACCUAUGGUACAAUCGAUUUACGCCAGUUAUGCCAGUUUUUGCAAAACAUGUAAGAAAGUGAGAAAUCAUUAACACUAAAAUUGAUGCACAUAUAACAUAAUUUAAGAAAAAUCUCUCUAAAAUUUACAUUAAUGUUUAAAUAAAAUAAAAAGUUAAAAAAAUGAAAACCUUAUAUUUAAAUAAAAUAGUAAACGCAAAUAUUCAAA